UUCACACUCACCCUUAACCUGACGAAGGCAUCAUCAUUUCGGUGCAUAGAUCUGUUCUCUCCAAUUUCCCCAAUUUCCCAAAACCCUAACCCUAAUUUUAGCUUUGGUGAAGUUGCUUGGCUAUGGCUGCCACAGAAGAGCCUAAUGUCCCUGCCGCGCCGGAGGAAGUGGAGCCGGCAGUCGAGGAGCCUCUGAAGGAAGAUAAUCCCCCGGCGAAAUCGGGGAAGGCGAAGAAGGCUGCUGCGUCCAAGGAAGCUAAGCCGAAGAAAGUUCCUGCGCCGAAGAAGCGUAGUGCUCCGACACACCCGCCAUACUUUGAGAUGAUUCAGGAUGCGAUCGUGACUCUGAAGGAACGGACUGGAUCGAGUCAAUACGCGAUUGCGAAGUUCAUCGAAGAUAAGCAUAAGAAUCUGCCGCCGAAUUUCAAGAAGCUUUUGUUAGUUCAAUUGAGGAAGCUGGUUGCCAAUGAAAAGCUCGCUAAGGUUAAGAAUUCAUACAAGCUGCCUCCUACUCGUCCUUCCAGGGCGGCGGCUGCUGCUGCGCCGGUGAAGAAGACGGUCGCCGCAGCCAAGCCGAAGCCGAAGCCGAAGCCCAAGGCGAAGGCGGUUGCUACCAAAGAGAAGAAGCCAGCCGCCUCAAAGGCCAAGCCAAAGCCGAAGCCAAAGCCUAAGGCUACUUCAGCGAAAUCCAAGACCGUCGCAGCUGCAAAACCGAAGGCAGCGCCGAAAGCCAAGCCAGCUGCCAAAUCCAAGCCUGCUUCUAAGGCGAAGGUUGUGACUCCGGUGAAGGCAAAGCCUGCGCCAAAGAGAAAAGCUCCGGAAAGGUCGAAGACGGAGAAGAAACCGCCUGCAAAGGUCGCGAAGACGUCAACAAGGUCAACUCCUACAAGGAAGGCGGCGGCAGCGACAAAGAAACCAGCUGCAACCAAGAAGGCGGCGCCUGUGAAGAAGACUCCUGCCAAGACCGGGAAGCAAAAGACGGCGAAGUCUCCGGCGAAAAAGACGGCGGCGAAGAGGGGGAAGAAGUGAUUCAGGAGGGUAGAAUUGAACAUCUAUGUUUGUUUGUGGGGAUGUUAUUGUAAAUUUAGUAAUAGCGAUCUUGUUGCGCUCAUGAAAGAAUCAAAUUGUUGAUUUUUUUUUU